AUGUUUUCUUCAUUGUUUACAACCAGUCACUAUCAAAUACACAUUAUGUCUUCCUCUUUAUUCGUUCGUCAAUCUUUGAACUCCAGAGCAAGCGCUCGUUUGGGUUCUGUUCGUUUCGCAUCCAAUGGUAGUCGUUCUCCUCUAAAUUCAGGACCAUCAUCAGUUGAGACCGCACCGCAAGCAGGAUCAGAACGUGGAAAGACAACACAAACCGUUUUACCAAUCACUGCCGGUUUAUUGGCUUUAGGUGCAUUUGCAUGGUUUUUCACUUCAAGUGAUAAAAAAGCAAUCGUACCCGUUGGUGUAAAUCAAGUUGGCAGUCCUGAUAAACUUAAAUCGGGUAGCGUUGCCCGUGCACAAGAACAAAUUCAAAAGAAUGCAGAUGAUGCAACUUCUCCUCCCAAGAAUUAAGCAAUAAGCAACGACUGUUUUGUUUGUGUAGCAAUGAACUCUUUCUCUUCUCUCAAAUGCAAUUUGUAGCAAAUCUCUGUUUCUUUGACACGAUAAGAUUGAAUGAGUUGCAAUAAAGCUACAAAUG